UUUGAACACAGUUGGCGGGAGUGGCUGCUGGGCUGGGGGCCGCGGCCGCGGGACUGCUGUAGGCUGGCUAGCGAUGGAGCCCACUGCGGGAAGCAAGAAGGAGGCUGGAGGAGGCGCGGCGACCGAGGAGGGCGUGAAUAGAAUCUCGGUGCCAAAACCGCCCUCCAUUGAGGAAUUCAGCAUCGUGAAGCCCAUUAGCCGGGGCGCCUUCGGGAAAGUGUAUCUGGGGCAGAAAGGCGGCAAAUUGUAUGCAGUAAAGGUUGUUAAAAAAGCAGACAUGAUCAACAAAAAUAUGACUCAUCAGGUCCAAGCUGAGAGAGAUGCACUGGCACUAAGCAAAAGCCCAUUCAUUGUCCAUUUGUAUUAUUCACUGCAGUCUGCAAACAAUGUCUACUUGGUAAUGGAAUAUCUCAUUGGGGGAGAUGUCAAGUCUCUCCUACAUAUAUAUGGUUAUUUUGAUGAAGAGAUGGCUGUGAAAUAUAUUUCUGAAGUAGCACUGGCUCUAGACUACCUUCACAGACAUGGAAUCAUCCACAGGGACUUGAAACCGGACAAUAUGCUUAUUUCUAAUGAGGGUCAUAUUAAACUGACGGAUUUCGGCCUUUCAAAAGUUACUUUGAAUAGAGAUAUUAAUAUGAUGGAUAUCCUUACAACACCAUCAAUGGCGAAACCUAGACAAGAUUAUUCAAGAACCCCAGGACAAGUGUUAUCGCUCAUCAGCUCGUUGGGAUUUCACAUCUGGAUAUACCACAUCAAUAAUGUUCCUUUAAUUCAAUAUUGUCUCUUCUCUGUAGGUCUUGAAACAGUUGCCUCCAACCCAGGAAUGCCUGUGAAGUGUCUGACUUCUAAUCUACUCCAGUCUAGGAAAAGGCUGGCCACAUCCAGUGCCAGUAGUCAAUCCCACACCUUCAUAUCCAGUGUGGAAUCAGAAUGCCACAGCAGUCCCAAAUGGGAAAAAGAUUGCCAGGAAAAUGACGAAGCAUUGGGCCCAACAAUGAUGAGUUGGAAUACAGUUGAAAAGUUAUGCGCAAAAUCGCCAAAUGCCAUUGAGACAAAGGGUUUCAAUAAAAAGGAUCUUGAGUUAGCUCUUUCUCCCAUUCAUAACAGCAGUGCCCUUCCCACCACUGGACGCUCUUGUGUAAACCUUGCUAAAAAUUGCUUAUCUGGGGAAGUUUCUUGGGAAGCAGUAGAACUGGAUGUAAAUAAUAUAAAUAUGGACACUGACACAAGACAGUCAGGUUUCCAUCAGUCACAUCAGUGGGCGGUGGAUUCUGGUGGGAUAUCUGAAGAGCACCUUGGGAAAAGAAGUUUAAAAAGAAACUUUGAUUGGGUUGACUCCAGUCCUUGUAAAAAAAUCAUACAGAAUAAAAAAACUUGUGUAGUGUAUAAGCAUAACGAAAUGAUAGAUUGUUGUACAAAUCAAAAUACAGGCUUAACAGUUGAAGUUCACGACCUGAAGCUAUCAGUGCACAAAAGUCAACAAAAUGACUGUGCUAAUAAGGAGAACAUUGUCAAUUCUUUUACUGAUAAACAACAAACACCAGAAAAAUUACCAAUACCAAUGAUAGCAAAAAACCUUAUGUGUGAACUGGAUGAAGAUUGUGAAAAUAAUAGUAAGAGGGACUACUUAGGUUCUAGUUUUCUAUGUUCUGAUGAUGAUAGAGCUUCCAAAAAUAUUUCUAUGAACUCUGAUUCAUCUUUUCCUGGAAUUUCUAUAAUGGAAAGUCCAUUAGAAAGUCAGCCUUUAGAUCCAGAUAGAAGCAUGAAAGAAUCCUCUUUUGAAGAAUCAAAUAUUGAAGAUCCACUUAUUGUAUCACCAAAUUGCCAAGAAAAGACCUCACCAAAAGGUGACGAGAACCCUGCUGUACAAGAGAGUAACCAAAAAAUGUUAGCUCCUCCUUUGGAGGUGCUGAAAACGUUAGCCUCUAAAAGAAAUGCUGUAGCUUUUCGAAGUUUUAACAGUCAUAUUAGUGCAUCCAAUAACUCAGAACCAUCCAAAAUGAACAUGACUUCUUUAGAUGCAAUGGAUAUUUCGUGUGCCUACAGUGGUUCAUAUCCCAUGGCUGUAACCCCUACUCAAAAAAGAAGAUCCUGUAUGCCAUAUCAGCAGACCCCAAAUCAGAUCAAGUCGGGAACUCCGUACCGAACACCGAAGAGUGUGAGAAGAGGGGCAGCCCCCGUUGACGAUGGGCGAAUUCUAGGAACCCCAGACUACCUUGCACCUGAGCUGUUACUAGGCAGGGCCCAUGGUCCUGCGGUAGACUGGUGGGCACUUGGAGUUUGCUUGUUUGAAUUUCUAACAGGAAUUCCCCCUUUCAAUGAUGAAACACCGCAACAAGUAUUUCAGAAUAUUCUGAAAAGAGAUAUCCCUUGGCCAGAAGGUGAAGAAAAGUUAUCUGAUAACGCUCGAAGUGCAGUAGAAAUACUUUUAACCAUUGAUGAUACAAAGAGAGCUGGAAUGAAAGAACUAAAACGUCAUCCUCUCUUCAGUGAUGUGGACUGGGAAAAUUUGCAGCAUCAAACUAUGCCUUUCAUCCCCCAGCCAGAUGACGAAACAGAUACCUCCUAUUUUGAAGCCAGGAAUACUGCUCAGCACCUGACCGUAUCUGGAUUUAGUCUGUAGCACAAACAUUUUCCUUUUAGUCUAGCCUUGUGUUAUAGAAUAAGCUUGCAUAAUUAUAUACUUCUUAAUACUAGAUUGAUCUAAGGGGGAAAGAUCAUUAUUUAACCUAAUUCAGUGCGCUUUUAAUGUACGUUACAGCUUUCACAGAGUUAACGUAAUGAAAGGCAUAUAGUCAGUAAUUUAUCUUAAUCUCAAAACUGUAUAUAAAUCUUCAAAGCUUUUUUCAUCUAUUUAUUUUGUUUAUUGCACUUUCUGAAAACUGAAGCAUCAAUAAAAUUAGAAGACACUAUCGAGAGUGAGCCACUA